GAAACGCAUAGACAAAUCUCUCAACGGGUACGUGAAUACUUAUAAGGUAAUAAAUAAGCAAAGGAGGGACCCAAGCUGGAUAAUUAUAUUGGGAUUUUACAAUCUUCCUAUUCUCUUCCUCUCUCCCCAAGUCUCUCCCUCUUUCACAGAUCUUUGUUCUCUCUCCUCAAAUCUUCAAAAAUGGAUGCCAAAAUUCUCGAAGCUUCAAAUAAUCACCCAAAACCCGUCGAUCGGGUCUUUCAAUAUGGAACUGCGGGGUUUCGUAUGAAGGCUACUCUUCUCGACUCAGUGGUAUUCCGCGUUGGUCUUGUGGCUGCUCUUCGAUCGCGCAAGUUGGGUGGUCAAACAAUCGGUGUUAUGAUUACCGCGUCACACAAUCCACCGGAGGAUAAUGGUGUUAAGUUAGUUGAUCCGAUGGGCGAAAUGUUGGAGAAUAGUUGGGAGGCAUAUAGUACACAACUGGCAAAUGCGAAGAACGAGGAUGUGGUGGAAGUUUAUCGCAAGUUGGAGAAGGAUUUGAAAAUCAACCCGGAUACUCCUGCGAGAGUAAUUUUUGCGAGGGAUACGAGGCCUUCAGGCCCGAAAUUGGUCGCGGCUUUGGUUGAUGCUCUCGACGCUACCGGAACUGAUUAUACGGAUUAUAAGUUGCUUACGACGCCUCAAUUGCAUUAUUUGACUAGAUGUACGAAUACGGAGGGAACACCACAAGCGUAUGGGGAUGUCAGUGAAGUUGGAUACUAUGAGAAGUUGGCAAAGGCCUUUGGGAGGGCUAUGAAGGGUAAAAAGGCUGUUGGGUCGGUCACUGUUGAUUGUGCCAAUGGUGUUGGAGGUCCCAAAUUGCAUGAAUUGAUUAAGUAUCUGCCAAAGGGUAUUCUCGAUAUUAAGGUCGUCAAUGACGAUGUUUUGAAGGCAGAGAAUUUAAACCAUGAGGUCAGUAAUUUCUCUACUGUUUGGUUCAACCACUAAUGGUUUGUUUUACAGUGCGGUGCCGAUUUUGUCAAAACCAAACAACGAGCUCCUCCUUCAUCAAAAGCUGGAAACAAUGAUCGAUGCUGUUCAUUAGACGGAGAUGCCGACAGAAUUAUCUACUAUUUCAGUGAUCCAGAUCAUGGAUUUCGUCUAUUGGAUGGGGAUAGGAUUGCUACACUCGCAGCUUCAUUCAUUGGUGAUCUUGCUAGAGAAGCUGGACUUGCAGAUGAAUUAAGAAUUGGCGUCGUACAGACUGCAUAUGCCAAUGGUGCUAGUACCAAGUAUGUUGAGAAGACAUUGAGGCUGCCCGUGGUUUGCACUCCUACUGGUGUAAAAUGGUUACAUCAUGCAGCCACCAAAUUCGAUGUCGGUGUUUAUUUCGAGGCAAACGGUCAUGGAACUGUAGUCUUCUCACAACAAGCCUUAAAAGCAUUUGCUAGCACGGAACCGGAAUCUCCUGCUCAAGCAAGCGCUUUGGAAGCUCUUCGUGCCCUCACCGAUCUCAUCAAUCAAACCGUUGGAGAUGCACUCUCCGAUAUGUUACUCGUGGAAACAAUUCUCGCCCACAAGACCUGGACACCAAAAGAAUGGGAUCUUACCUACAUUGAUCUACCCAAUCGUCUCGUCCGGGUCGAAGUUGCUGAUCGAAACUUAUUCAAGACAACCGAUGCUGAAAGAAAACUCGUGGAACCACAAGGCACACAAGCACAAAUCGAUGCAUUAGUUGCUAAGUUUAAGGACGGUAGAAGUUUCGCUAGAGCAAGUGGGACUGAAGAUGCUUUGAGAGUAUAUGCAGAAGCUGCUACUAGAAGUGAAGCUGAUGAUUUGGCUACCAAGGUAGCAUCCUUGUGUAGGGUUGAGGGAAGCAUCAAAGGUUAGAUGUAGUUGUGAUUGAGGGGAGUAGUGAGGGGAGUAGUGAGGGUUGAGUGAGAGAGUGGAAGGUUAUGAAUCACGACUAUGCAGCGCAUACGACGAAUACCAAAAAAUGGAGUUGAGAUGAUUCAUGGGGAAUAUACCCAUGAUUGAUAUAAACGAUAACAUAGCAUUUAUCGCAGUUGAUUUUUGAUUAACAAAAAGUUAAUUAUAUUAUCUUAUUUCU